CUAGGGGGAUAAGACUUCGCCCAAGUCCGGACUGAACUUGGAUCCCGACAGAAAGCUAGAGACACACAGAAGCCUGAGGAUUCUCUUGUGCCUCUGGGAACUGCUUCAAAGAAGCUAGCGUGCUUGGAGAAGACCUUUGAAGUGUGAAAAUUCCAGUAGUUGAAACCAAAAUGUCAUUUAUAGAUCCUUAUCAGCACAUUAUAGUGGAGCACCAGUAUUGCCACAAAUUCACGGUAGUGGUAUUACGUGCCACCAAAGUGACAAAGGGGGCCUUCGGUGACAUGCUUGACACCCCAGAUCCCUACGUGGAACUUUUCAUCUCUACAACCCCUGACAGCAGGAAGAGAACACGGCACUUCAACAAUGAGAUCAACCCUGUGUGGAAUGAGACCUUUGAAUUUAUUUUAGAUCCUAAUCAGGAAAAUAUUUUGGAGAUCACAUUAAUGGAUGCCAAUUACAUCAUGGACGAAACUCUAGGGACAGCAACGUUUCCUCUGUCUUCUAUGAAAGUGGGAGAGAAGAAAGAAGUUCCUUUUAUUUUUAAUGAAGUUACUGAAAUGAUUCUGGAGAUGUCUCUUGAAGUUUGCUCAUGCCCUGACCUACGAUUCAGUAUGGCUCUGUGUGAUCAGGAGAAAACUUUCAGACAACAGAGAAAAGAGAACGUAAGGGAAAACAUGAAGAAACUCUUGGGUCCAAAAAAGAGCGAAGGACUGUGCUCUGCACGUGAUGUGCCGGUUGUGGCCAUUCUGGGUUCUGGUGGGGGAUUCCGGGCCAUGGUGGGAUUCUCUGGUGUGAUGAAGGCAUUGUAUGAAUCAGGAAUUUUGGACUGUGCUACCUAUGUUGCUGGUCUUUCUGGCUCCACAUGGUACAUGUCAACCUUAUAUUCUCACCCUGAUUUUCCUGAGAAAGGCCCAGCAGAGAUUAAUGAGGAGCUAAUGAAGAAUGUUAGCCACAACCCCCUUCUACUUCUCACACCGCAGAAAGUGAAAAGAUAUGUUGAGUCUCUGUGGAAGAAAAAGAGCUCUGGCCAACCUGUCACCUUUACUGAUAUCUUUGGGAUGUUAAUAGGAGAAACGCUAAUUCACAAUAGAAUGAACAUUACCUUGAGUAGCUUGAAGGAAAAAGUCAAUGCUGCGCAGUGCCCUUUACCUCUUUUUACGUGUCUCCAUGUGAAACCUGAUGUCUCCGAGCUGAUGUUUGCAGAUUGGGUUGAAUUUAGUCCCUAUGAGAUUGGUAUGGCUAAAUAUGGUACUUUUAUGGCUCCUGACUUAUUUGGAAGCAAAUUUUACAUGGGAACAGUUGUGAAGAAAUAUGAAGAAAACCCCUUGCAUUUUUUAAUGGGUGUCUGGGGCAGUGCUUUUUCUAUAUUGUUCAACAGAGUUUUGGGAGUUUCUGGCUCACACAAUAAAGGUUCCACAAUGGAGGAAGAACUAGCUUCUGGAAGGGACAGUGAGGAAUCAUUCUUCCCCGAGAACAGUUACAGGCCCUGCUGCUUGCAAAGGUCCCAUCAGUGGCUAAGGUGUGACUGCUGUCUUUGCACAGCCAGACCAGAAAAUAUUACACCAAAGCAUAUUGUGAGUAAUGAUAGCUCUGAUAGUGACGAUGAAUCGCAAGAACCCAAAGGCACUGAAAGUGAAGAUUCUGAAGGGGAAUAUCAAAAUAAUAAUCAAGCAAGUUGGGUACAACGUAUGAUAAUGGCCUUGGUGAGUGAUUCAGCUUUGUUCAAUACACGAGAAGGACGUGCUGGAAAGGUGCACAACUUCAUGUUGGGCUUGAAUCUCAAUACAUGCUACCCACUGUCUCCUCUGAGAGACUUCGUGUACGACGAACUGGAUGCAGCUGUAGCAGAUCCUGAUGAAUUUGAGCAAAUAUAUGAGCCACUGGAUGUCAAAAGUAAAAAGAUUCACGUGGUAGACAGUGGGCUCACAUUUAACCUGCCGUACCCUUUGAUCCUGAGACCUCAGAGAGGGGUUGAUCUCAUCAUCUCCUUUGACUUCUCUGCUAGGCCAAGUGACACCAGCCCUCCAUUCAAGGAACUUCUACUUGCAGAAAAGUGGGCUAAAAUGAACAAGCUUGCGUUUCCAAAGAUUGAUCCUUAUGUGUUUGAUCGGGAAGGAUUGAAAGAGUGCUAUGUCUUUAAACCCAAGAAUCCUGAUGUGGAGAAAGAUUGCCCAACCAUCAUUCACUUUGUUCUGGCCAACAUCAACUUCAGAAAGUACAAGGCUCCAGGUGUUCCAAGAGAAACCGAGGAGGACAAAGAAGUAGCUGACUUUGAUAUUUUUGAUGACCCUGAAUCACCAUUUUCAACCUUCAAUUUUCAAUAUCCAAAUGAUGCAUUCAAAAGGCUCCAUGAUCUAAUGCACUUCAACACCCUGAACAAUAUCGAUGUGAUAAAAGAUGCAAUAGUGCAAAGCAUUGAAUACAGGAGACAGAAUCCAUCUCGUUGCUCUGUUUCUCUCAGCAAUGUGGAGGCAAGAAGAUUUUUCAACAAGGAAUUUCUAAGUAAACCUCCAGCCUAGUCCGGGUACUGGAAAGAGCAGCAGUCUCUGAUCCUGAGGCAAUUUGGAAUUCCACGAUGACUGGAUUUGAAAGCACUAUUCAGAUCGUUGCGCUGUACAUAAGAGACUGGCUAAAACUCAGAGCGGGAGUUGUUAGGUGCAUGAGAAUAAUACUGUUACAAAUUUGUUAGGUGGAUAAAUGAUGUUGAUUAUGUAAAAAUGUAUUUGUUCACAGUCUCUUUCAAUAUGAGAUUCCUGAUGCAAAUGUAAGGAUAUAUACGGUGUUUUUAAACAUUCCUCAUCAAUUUUCCUCAGUGUGCUCUUUUUAAAAAUGUGGUUUUUCUGUCUGAAAUGUUUAAUAGUUCAAUCUCAGUUAGUAGGGCUUCCUAGUUGUGUGUGAAAGUUAUUCACUGACUAGGUUUAUUCAUGAAGUGCAACAACACUAUUUUUUUAUUUAUAUAUCAUGUUUAUGAAAUAAAUAUGUCAAUAUGCAAUUUAGCAUGAUCUAAUUGAGUUUUCUGUUCUUCUUAUUACUGAGAUAUUGUACUGUUGCUGUGAAAGAUUUUCAGAUUCACUGUAUUCAAACCCAAAAAGUGUCAAUUCUAAAUGCAAAUGUGAAGCUUUGAUAUUUAGAUCAUGAUUGUUUUUCUUGGAAAUGAAAGUUUAUGUAAUUUGUUCAGCAGGUGAUAUUUGUUUACUUAGCAAGUAGAAAAAAUAUAUAACCACCUCUGAUGUAGCAUUUUACUUUGAUAUUAUCCUGGGCCAUUCAUUCCUAAGCUAGCACAGUUGACUCAGAGAACAAUUCAGAAAAGGGCAGGGACCGCACCGGACUUAGGGAAGUGACUUCCCUUUUUGCACAUGUGCAGAUUUGUCUUAGAGAUCGGCUGUAUUGUAGACUGCGGCUUCAGUCAGAGUUGAACUGUGGAGGCUCAGAAUUAAUACUGCAAACCUAAGGUCCUCCUUUCUUUCUUAGUUCUCUGCCUUUCUCCUUUCCUUUAAUUAUCUUUUGCGUUGGUGAACUUUCUAGUUGUUGAGACCUAAUACCUGAUACUCACAAUUUAAAGGAGGAGAGCGUUAAUUUGGCUCCCAGGUUUGAGAUUCAGUGCAUGGUGGACUGGCUCCAAGGCAGGGACAUCAUGGCUGACAGGCAUGGUGGAGGAAAGUUGCAGCCAGGAAAUAGGAAAGGGAGGAGCGGGGGAUGAGACCGCACCCACUGGGAUCACACUCCCAGUGACCCACCUUCAACCAGGUCCCACUUCCUGAAAACAUAUUCAGCUAUGAACUCAUAAACCAAUGGGUGUAGGGCUCCCAUGAUCCAGCUUCCAAAAGCUCCAUUUCUGAGCACAUGAGACUUUUGGGGGAAUAUUUUAGACCCAAAGUAUAUAUCUUUCUACAUUCUCUAUUCUUUCUUUUCUCUCGCCUUUCACAUUUCUACUCAUUAGGAAAGACUGAAACAAUGAUAAAGGAGAGAAGCCUUGAAGUUUCAUUCUCAUUGUCUGCUGACAUGAUAAUGCACACAAGUGUCCAUCAAGUGCCCUCUGGCACUUUGCAGGAUCUGAGGGUCCACGGCGGACAGAACUGAUAGAAAUAUCUGCCUGGGGGAACUUACAAGUUAGUGAAAUUGACUUAAGGAUAAACGGGACAAAUGCGUAUCUUAGAGAGUGAUGUGUUAAGAAAAUGAAAGAAGGGAAAAGAGAUGGGAGGAGCUGGAGAUGUGAAAUUUUAAGCGGGGUCCCGGGGAAGUUUGUAAUGUGCAGAUGACGUCCAUUGCAGAAAGGUGUGAGGAGUUGGGGCAGCAAGGCCUGUGGAUGUCCAAGGGAAGAGCAUUCCUGGCACAGGGAAGAGUGCAUGCAAAUUCAUUGACAAAGAGCACAAGGCAUAUUUCAAGGACUGUCAUGCCCAGAGCAGAGGGGAGGUGUAAAAUCUUUUAUUUGUUCCAAAUUUGACAAUACUCUAUAUUCCUGUACCCUUGACUUUGUGACCUUAACACAAUCUAUGGUGCCCCAUGGAAAUGAACUAGAUGAUCAUUCAAAAGAGCAUGGGUUAGAAAGCUGAAACCAUCUCAACCCCUGUUUUCUCUUUGUUCACUUUUAAUUUUGUAACUACAAUAAUGGAAGCUUCUUGUCUAACACAGCUGUGUCAGUUUGUUCAGUUAUGAAGUUCACAGGACCUUUGAUUUUUAUAGGAACACACAUCUUAAUGGCAAAUUAAAUUUGUAUGUUUACAGUUUCUUCUUCUACCCCAGAGAAUGAAUGAUCAGUGAACUAUUAUCUUAGUUUUUCCAAAAAUCAUCCACUUACCGUGCAGUAAUUAUAACUUGGCUCUGUGCCUUCUUCACAGAAACACGACCUUUCCAAUCUGCUUGUUUAGGCCCUGACAGGGCUCUUAAUCUUCUCUGUGGACAACCUGACCGAUGUCAGCUUAUUUAUUUUUGUAAGCUAUAAAAGAAAAAUAAAAAUUUAGUAUGUGUAUAUGCAGUUUUAUUCCUUUUAAAAGAUAAAAUUUUAGAUGUUUUGUAAGUACUGUUUUUCUAAUAGUGAAACCACUCCAUGAAACUUUGGCACCAGUUUUUCCUCUUCUUUUCCUUCCUAAAGAUUUCAGUGUCGACGCCAUUAGGUGAGGUGGAGGCCAGUAGAUGAGGUUGGUGGUGUCAUGGAGCAAUAAUGAGUCAGAACAGGACACAAAGCCUCAGGAGAGUCUGGGGGCGUCCACGCCGGUGUGGCACUCACAGUGGAGAUCACUUACACACAGAAGUCAGCACCUAAUUAAAUGUUCUACAUGUUAUAAAUAUAGUAGGAGCCAGUUUUCUCACUGAGAAUAGAGUUGCAAAUAUGGAAAUGGAAA